CGGGGCCGCGGGCCUGGGGAGCAGUGCCGCCGCCGCGCCUCGGCCGGGAAGCGAUGUAGGAGCCGCCAGGCCGUCCCCCGUCCUGCCCGGCCCGAGCCCCGCGGGCCGCCGCCGCCGCCGCCACCAUGAAGAAGCAGUUCAACCGCAUGAAGCAGCUGGCCAACCAGACCGUGGGGAGGGCCGAGAAAACAGAAGUCCUCAGUGAAGAUCUGUUACAGAUUGAGCGGCGCCUGGACACAGUGCGCUCCAUGUGUCACCAUUCCCACAAGCGUCUCAUGGCCUGCUUCCAGGGCCAGCAUGGCACCGACGCAGAGAGGAGACACAAAAAACUCCCUCUGACAGCUCUCGCUCAGAAUAUGCAGGAAGCAUCAACUCAGCUAGAAGACUCUCUCCUGGGGAAGAUGCUGGAGACGUGUGGCGAUGCUGAGAAUCAGCUGGCUCUGGAACUCUCUCAGCACGAAGUCUUUGUCGAGAAGGAGAUUGUGGACCCUCUGUAUGGCAUCGCAGAGGUUGAGAUUCCCAACAUCCAGAAGCAGAGGAAGCAGCUCGCCAAACUGGUGUUAGACUGGGACUCGGUCAGAGCCAGGUGGAACCAGGCUCACAAAUCUUCAGGAACCAACUUUCAGGGGCUUCCAUCAAAAAUAGAUACCCUAAAGGAAGAGAUGGAUGAAGCUGGAAAUAAAGUAGAACAGUGCAAGGAUCAACUUGCAGCAGACAUGUACAACUUUAUGGCCAAAGAAGGGGAGUACGGCAAAUUCUUUAUUACGUUAUUAGAAGCUCAAGCAGAUUACCAUAGAAAAGCAUUAGCAGUCUUAGAAAAGGCCCUUCCCGAGUUGCGAGCCCAUCAAGAUAAGUGGGCGGAGAAGCCCGCCUUUGGGACGCCUUUGGAAGAACACCUGAAGCGGAGUGGCCGCGAGAUCGCGCUGCCCAUCGAGGCCUGCGUGAUGCUCCUGUUGGAGACGGGCAUGAAGGAGGAGGGCCUUUUCCGAAUUGGGGCUGGGGCCUCCAAGUUAAAGAAACUGAAAGCUGCUCUAGACUGUUCUACUUCUCACUUGGAUGAGUUCUACUCUGACCCCCACGCUGUAGCAGGUGCUUUGAAGUCCUAUUUACGGGAGCUGCCUGAACCCUUGAUGACUUUUAAUCUGUAUGAAGAAUGGACACAAGUUGCGAGCAUACAGGAUCAAGACAAAAAACUUCAGGAUUUAUGGAGAACAUGUCAGAAGUUGCCACCACAAAAUUUUGUUAACUUUAGGUAUUUAAUCAAGUUCCUUGCGAAGCUUGCUCAGACCAGCGACAUUAAUAAAAUGACCCCCAGCAACAUUGCAAUCGUGUUAGGCCCUAAUUUGUUAUGGGCCAAAAAUGAAGGAACGCUCGCCGAGAUGGCAGCGGCCACAUCCGUCCACGUGGUUGCAGUCAUCGAACCCAUCAUCCAGCAUGCCAACUGGUUCUUCCCUGAAGAGGUGGAAUUUAACGUGUCAGAAGCGUUCGUACCUCUCACCACCCCAAAUUCCAAUCACUCAUCCCACACUGGAAACGACCCUGUCGACUCGGGGACCCUGGAGAGGAAGCGGCCUGCCAGCAUGGCGGUGAUGGAGGGGGACCUGGUGAAGAAGGAGAGCUUUGGUGUGAAGCUUAUGGACUUCCAGGCCCACCGGCGGGGUGGCACCCUAAAUAGAAAGCACGUAUCCCCUGCUUUCCAGCCACCACUCCCGCCCACAGAUGGCAGCACCUUGGCUCCAGCGGGCCCAGAGCCCCCUCCCCAGAGCUCUAGGGCCGAGAGCAGCACAGGGGGUGGGACUGGCCCCUCCUCUGCAGGCAUUCUGGAGCAGGGGCCCAGCCUGGGCGACAGCAGUCCUCCAAAGCCCAAGGACUCUGCGGCUGCGCCCGCGCCUGGGAGGAACAGCAGUCAGGCGGCCCCCAGCCCAAGCCAGGCCCAAGCGGCUGCCGGCUCCCAUCAGCUCUCUGUGGGCCCUGCACACAACUCCGCCGGCCCGAGCCCUCACACUGUGCGCCGAGCUGUUAAAAAACCUGCUCCAGCACCCCCGAAACCAGGAAACCCGCCUCCCGGCCACCCCGGGGGCCAGAGUUCUCCAGGAACAUCUCAGCACCCACCCAGCCUGUCGCCAAAGCCGUCCACCCGCAGCCCUUCUCCCCCCACCCAGCCUCCGGGCCAGGCCCCGAGCCAGCCCUGCGCCACCUCGCAGCUCUCAGCACCGCGGAGGUACUCCAGCAGCCUGCCUCCGAUCCAAGCCCCCAACCACCCGCCGCCGCAGCCCCCCACGCAGGCCGCAUCGCCGUCGGCGCUCACCAAGCAGGGCAGCCAGGGCCCACCGGCGCCCGGUGAGCCUGGACUCGAGCAGUCGUCCCACACCCCUCCCCAGACUCCAACGCCCCCCAGCACUCCGCCCCUUGGAAAACAGAACCCCGGCCAGGCGGUGAGUAAUCCCGAGACCGCACAGCCACACGCUGGAACCUUACCGAGACCGAGACCAGUACCAAAGCCAAGGAACCGGCCCAACGUGCCCCCGCCCCCUCAUCCUCCCGGCGCACACGCCGCCGGGGACGGCAACCUCAGCAUCGCAGCUCCCACCGCCUCCAAAAUAGUCACAGACGCCAAUUCUAGGGUUUCAGAACCGCUUCGCAGCAUCUUUCCUGAAAUGCAUUCAGACUCAGCCAGCAAAGACCUGCCCGGCCGCAUUCUGUUGGAUAUGGACAAUGAUACAGAAAGCACCGCCCUGUGAAGAAAGCCACACCCCACCCUUGACCCCUUCCACCCUGGCGAGUGGAGCAGGGGCAGGCAGAUGUUGAUCUUCAUAGACCAAACAGUGAGAAGCUUUCAGUGAAGGGGAAAAAGAAAGGCCUCACCAUGCUGGACGUGGCCUUCUCACAGCCCCAGGAGAGAGCAGAGGCUGACACUUAAAGCUGGAUGACCUGUGUCUUGAAGAAGUUGGCUUUCUUUAUAUGGGAAAGAAUCAUGCCAAAAAAUUUUUUUUUCUUUUUUAAAGAGAGAUACCUACAGUGGAAGGUGUAUCCUUGCCGAGACAUGUGUUGGAAGCUUUUGUCCCUGCUGUUCACACAGGCAGCACCAUCGGCAACUUGGAAUGAACAAAGAGCCAUGCAUUAACACUCUAUUUAAUGAAGUACAUCCAUUAUGCUCACCUACUUCCUGCUGCUUGGACUUUGCUUCUCAUCUAUCGCAAGGGAGUUUCCUCUCCUUCAGACAUGCUGCAGAAUCAUUUUGUAUGAAGUAUGGUCUGUGUCUCCCCGACCCCUCAGAACCACGAGCAUUGGGGGUGACUGCUGGAUCUGUCACCUCAGCAAACUGGAUCGCCUUGUGCCUUGUUGGAUUGCCAGAAUGUAGACAGAAAUGUACUGUUCUUUUUUUUUUUUUUUUAAACAAUGUAAUUGCUACUUGAUAAGGACCGAACGUUAUUCUAGUUUCAUGUUUCAUUUGAAUUAAAUAUAUUCUGUGGUUUAUAUGAAAACUAUCAUUCUUGCAGGCAAAACUGUGGAUUGUGUGUGUGCAUGUUGUCAUCUGUCACUUAGCUACAGAGAACUGUGGAUGGGGCACUUCCCUGGCAGUCCAGCAGUUAGGAGUCUGCUCUUCCACUGGAGGAGGCGUGGGUUCCGUCCCUGGUCAGGGAAACUGAGAUCUCACACAUCAAAAAAAUUUUUU